GAUUUCGAUACGAACACCACGUAGCAGCGAGUGGAAGUCUGCAGAUCAACGGCAUUGAUGUGCAUAUUUUUAGAAAAUUUUGCCAGCGAACGAACAACAUAAAUAACUGCAUUUUCCUGGGAUAUAUUAUAAGCGUUCUGUACGAUUUCAAGUAAUAGCUACGCAUAAACGUAAAGGAGUUGAUAAGUGUACGAAAAGGUUUGAAGUUUGAAAUUCCAUAUUCUAACAUAUCAGCUUAUGUGUACAUACAUACGUACGUAUAUACGCAAGUAAGGGUAUAUGAAUAUUAGUGCCAGCGGAAAGUACGUCCAUUAGAUCAUUUUGGUUGUCAUCUGCCAUCUGCGUUUGGCAAAUGUUCGUGUUAGCGCCGCACUAUCGUGUUGUUUCGUAUAGCUCAGCAUGUCUGAUCGUAACGGGCAUGGACGCGGUCCAUUUCGAACACCUUUGAUCAGCGCGACGUUUAGUAUAAACAAUUUGUGGAUUUGUGCACUUUUGGUGUUAUUUGUGUUUCCACAUACCUCGUAUGAAAUAUUCGAGUUUGGCGGCGCUACCAGGAGUGGAAGUGUUGCAGCGACAGUAGAUGCCAUCAAAUCAGUAGGGAAGCGUCCCUUUGAGAAGAAAUUCAAAUUUCACAAAAUUGAACGUGUACACUUCGAUGAUGUGGUAGAACAAGAUGACGAAGACGAGAGUGCAGGUGUCAGCGAUGACAGAAACGAUGAUGAUGUUGACGAAAAUAAUAAAAGAAAUGAUGACGACGGCGACACAAGUCGGCCAAUGGAUGUUAGCGAGCAAGCUACUGAGUCAGAAGAGUUGCCAUUCAAACGCGCACGAACAGCUCACAAGGAGCGCCGAACUGACAGCGCCGCGACAAAGGCGAGUGGAGAAAAGCGCUCUUCCCCUAGCAAAAAACGGAGAGACUCUUCUGCUGACUAUACAAAUAAAAGUGAAGAGUCACAAUCUUUUUUCAGCUCAUUAUUCGGUAAUCUCUUUGGGAGCGGGACUAGCAGCAAUGAGAAAACAACGAAUGAAGAAGACAAAUCCACUGAGAAAACAGAAGCAUCCAACAGCAUAAUCUAUUGGUUAAAAUGGUUGAGUAAGCGAAGCGAAAGUGUUGGUAGCCAGGAAACUGUAGAUAAUGAGGAAGCAGAUGUGGAAACUUGGCUUUCCUACCUCAAUCGUUGGCCUUUCAAUACACUCUUUAACAUUGGUAAGCCAGAGAAGCCGAUACGCAUGCCUAGAGGGGGUCGCGAACCCAAGCAAUCGGCUGCUUCCACAGAAGAUAGAGCCUCAGAUGAAGCAUCGCCCGUGAUGUCUCAGGAAAAUUUCGAAAGCGUUUUGCACACACUACCGAGUUUUGUCGCCAAUCCUACGCAAGUGGACAAUACCGAAUGCAGACAGCAAUUGCAGAUUUUCCACAGACAAUUGCGUGGCAAUAAAUUGUGGACCUUGCAGAUGUUGGAUGCUACUGGCAAAAUUACAUCAGGAGUGUUGCGCGGCAACAUUAAUCAAUUCGGGGACUUCGAACAGUGUAUGCAAGUGAAGACUGUGGUUAAGGUAACACCGGAAAUUCCGGUGCGCAUACGCGGUAAAUACUGUCUAGCCCAUAUCGAAAUACAGACUACAUCCAAGGAACUUCGAGCACCACUACAUUUCGCACAAGGGCGCGGUCUCUGGGGUAGUCACUUUGGAAAUCCCAGUCAUUUUGUGCCACGCUAUAGCAUCGCUAACUGGGGUGUGUGCAUACCGCAUCUAUGCAGUGGCGAGAUUGUACAACAAAUGCUUGAGUCAAACCUGAGACCGUACAAUACAACCGGUUUGGAAUUUCACGUAGAGGUCGACGAUGAUGACUGUUACACGCGAUCGAAUGUUAAGUUCAUGAAACUAAUUAAAAAGGAUUCGAAAUUCACCACAACAAUUUCCUGCAUUUGUGGGCUCAUAGCACUGUGCUUGGGUUCACUCUUUUAUAAAUACUGCCGCAAUAUCAAAGACUGGGUGGUUAACAAAAUGAAUACCCCCAAAACCGAAUCCAAUGCUGAAACUGAAAGCGCUGAGGAUAAUACAGAAGCAACUACUGAGGCGGAGGAGACCGAAGAAGCUCGGGACUCUGAAGUUGACAAGCAGGAAGAAUCACCCGCUAACUUGCUUCAGUCACUCAUGGCUUUAUUAAGAGAAAUCGUCAACGCCUUCUCACCACAACGCACAUUUGUCGAAUUGCUCCGCAGUGAUCACUCCGAAACACAAUUCCCAAUCUUCAACAUUCUCAAAUUGGGUGCGUCGUUCGCGCUCUAUGUCUGCCUCAAAUACAUAAUGAUCGGUCAUCUCCCCAUCAUCAACCGAGAUAAAUUGGUGCGAGCUUUGGACCAACCACAGAGCAUACUAUUCCGUUCGCCAAUGAUCUAUAUGGAUGUACUCUUAAUGAUAAGCGGUUUCUUGGUGGCUUACCAAUUGGCUGAGGAGAUUGAGCAAAAGACACAUAUUCAAUUACUGAAGCGUAUUGCGUUGAAAAUAUCACGUUAUCUACCAACUUUAUAUGUUGUGUUGCUCUUCCAAACACACGUGCUUCCACGACUUGGCGCCGCACCGCUUUGGACGAACUUGGUUGGACAAAACACGCGGUUGUGUGAGCAGCAAAUGUGGCGAAACCUUUUCAGCGUGCAGAACGCAAUCGACUUUGAGGAUACAUGUUCACCCAUGACCAUACAAUUAGCUCUCGAAGUACAGCUCUAUAUACUGGGUCCGUUAAUUGUGUGGCUUUACCACACCGAUGCGGAUGCAGCCUUCUACAUUUACGGCGCUCUGCAUGUAAUGUCCGUGGCUGCACGUUAUUCCCGCACCCAACAUGAAUACUUGUCGGUCAGCUUGUUCCACGGAAUGAACAUCAGCAAGUUCUACCGCACAGCCAAUAUGUUAUUCUCUUCACCUAUAAGUCGCGCAACGCCCUAUCUACUUGGACUCGGCACCGGUUUAUUGCACCGUUCUCAAGCCGGCGUUUUAGAAAUCGCUAGUGAACUUAAGCCUUUUGGUUGGUUGUGCGCUAUACUGAGUUUGGUGUGGUGUUUCUGGUCUCCUUCGGUGGGUAUGCGCAGUGAUUUUAUUUACACAGCUGGAGAUGCGGCCUCUUAUGCUGCUUGGUGCCCACUUGUACUUGGAUUAGCGUUAGCUUGGUGCAUAUUUAUGUUCCCAAGGGAUGAAAACUCGGUGUUACGGUUUCUCACCACAAUGAGACCAAUUUUGUUCCUUUCUCGCAUAACGUUCCCCAUACAAUUGAUGACAUACGUAGUGGUGAUCUACAACACUGCUAGUGUGACCGAGCCACGAAAAUAUCACCUGAGUGAUUUGGUGAACUUCAACGAGAUAGCUGUAAUUAUCGGAGGUGGAGUGGCGUUGGCCUUUUUAAUCGAUGUGCCAACUCAACACUUGCGGAAGAUUGUAAUAAAUCGGUUAUUUAUUGAAAGACAAGAGAGUGAGCAUGAUCAGGAGGUUGAACCCAGUUCAGGUGCUGAGAUUUCCGAAGCUGAAGCUGAAGUCGAAGAUGAAUGCGAAGGCGAUCCAACAGCGGUCGAUGAAGAAGCUCAUAAACUGUCACAAGAUGACGCAGCCGAUAUUUGGACCACUGAAGAUGCUUCCGAAGAUUUGGUUGUAAAGAAUACUAGUGACGAGGAGGAUGAAGUUGCAGCGGAGGAUGAAGACGUUGAUGACAAGGAAACGGAAAUAACUGAAGAAGACGAAGUAAAAAAGCGACCACUAAACAACGAUAAUGUAGAGGAAGAUGCAAAAAGCUCUACACGAAGGCAACGACGUAUCAGUGAUGAUUAGAGGCACACCAUGCACAGUUGAUGGAAAUAAGCUCAUUUUGAUUAUGAACUUUUGGGAAUAAUUUUAUAGUGAGUUUAAAGGCAGUGACGUUUUUAUAGAGCAGAGAUUUUUGGAAACCCUAAUUGUUUUCGAAAUUACUUAGAAUCGCUUAAUGACAACACGAUCAGCGAAACUAUUGUCUUGAUUCAACUGGAUCGGGCAACCAAAUUACACAAGAACCAAAGACAGGUGUUUGGAAGGUGGCUACAGUAACAUGACAUGACAAAUUGGCAGAAAGAAAGAAACAUAAGCAUCUACUACUUCAUGAAAAAUUAUUCCUUGAAUCUAUUGCAAUGAAUCCCAGUUGACUUGAAGUGUAUCAGUAAUUAACGACCUGACGAUAAGUCAAACAAUUGGCAACGCGAACCGAAACACGAAUCCGAAAUUAUUUCAAAAUUUUGUAAUUGUUACACAUAGAUAUAUGUAUUUGCUUAUAACUGUGUACAUAUGUUUAAAUACAUUUUCAUUUAUCAAAACCUA